AUGGAGGCGGAGGGUUUCGAUAAUUCUCAGACCAAGAAACGUAAAAAGGGCUUUUCAAGGAAGCUUAAUGCCGGUCAAAAAGUGGAGGUGAGGAGUUUAGAGGUGGGUUUUGAGGGAUCAUGGCACCCUGCGACAGUUCUCCAAUGCGAGAAGUUGAAGCGCCGCGUCAUAUAUGAUAGUGUUUUGGAUGAUAAUGGGGUGGAUUAUCUUGAGGAGGUAGUGAGUGUUUCAAAAGCUUUGGAUGGUGAUGUUGAAAAGGCAAACUUCUACGAGCGUGGGAUCAUUAGGCCGGUGCCUCCAUUGGUUGAUUUUCAGAAAGCGGACCUUAGGUUUGGUCUUUGUGUUGAUGUCAACCAUGAGGAAGCUUGGUGGGAAGGUGUUAUAUUUGACCACUAUAAUGGAAUGACGAAGAGGAAUGUGUUUUUCCCUGAUUUGGGUGAUGAAAUACAAGCUGAAAUGCAUCAGAUGCGGAUUACUCAGGACUGGGAUGAAGUUACAGAGGAGUGGGGGCGGCGAGGGAAGUGGGUGUUUCUUGAAUUGGUUGAGGAGCAGAAGGGGAAAUUGUUUGUUGCAGUUUCAGCUAAGCAAAUUUGGUAUGAUGUGCGCAUAAAGAGGGAAUUUGAGAUGAUUAGAGAGUGGACAUGUAAUGUGGAGUACUUGUGGAGAAAAAUGGUGGUGGAGGUAGUUAAUGACUACUUAUCUGUGAUGGUAAAAGAAGUUAUCUCAGCCUUAAACCUUCCAGGGAGUUUAUUAAAUGAAGCACAAGAGCCGGAAUCUGCUGAAGCUGUGGCUGGUGUUGACUUAAAUACGACCUUGCCUGAUAAGGAAACUCAUGUCAAAGAGAUCUUACCUGAGUUUCUAAAAGAAAUUGGCCCCAAUGGUGGUGCUUGUGAAGUGGUUUCAGGUGCUAACUGUUUUGAAGAAAUGACAACUUCCGACUGUUGGAUACCUGUGAAGUUCUCUGAAGUUGAAUUCUGCCCCGAUGCUGUCAUUGAAUAUCCACUGGCUUCCAAACGUGCAACUAAGGCAUUUUGGAUGGAACGAUUGCAAAAACAUCUUGUGUAUCUUGGAUGGAAAAUUGAGUGGACAAAUAAACUUGGCGUUAAACGCUAUAGGUAUCAUGAUAAACCAGGCCAUAAACGUUACCUUUCACUCCUUGAAGUUUGUAAGGUUAUGAAAAACAACCCUAACUCCUUGCAGUUCCAAAAUGAUCAGAGUAUAAUGCAGCAUCCUGCAGUUGACUGUCAUCUUUUAGAGGUGCCUCUUAAUCCAUCAGAAAAUAUUUCAACUGUGCCAUUUUCUCCUGUUGAAGAUGGAGUUGAAGAUGAACCUGAGUUUUGUCCUCAAGCUGUUUUGCAAUAUUAUUCUGCCCAUAUAUCCAAUAAGAAUCGGGUUGAUAAAAAAAAAUGGAUACCGAAAGCAAAGAAGCAUCUGUUAGCAGAAGGAUGGGUUUUUGACUAUCCACCUCCAAAUAAUAAGAAAAGGGGAAUAAUAUACAUGUCUCCACAAAAUCAGAAAUUCCCAACACUCCAUGCAGCAUGCCGAUUUUGUAUCACAAAAAAUACUCCUAAAUGGGCUAUGUCUGGCAAUCAACCUUUAAAUGUCUCAGGCAUGAAUGAGGAAAAUGUUGAUCAGCUACCCCAGUUGCUUCCAAAAGACGCUGAGUUGCAGGCUAUGGAUGGUGCUGCUGCUAGUAGAUCAAGUGCAAUUCGUAAGCGGAAAAGCUUGAGGGAUUCAAAGGCCAACAUACCUAACUGCCAAAGCAAUGGAUUGCCUCUAUGGGUGCUAAGAUCAAAGAAGAGGGUGCAAAAGGUGCCUGCCCCUUCUUUUUUACAGCAAAAACCUAUAAAUGUUCUGUCUUGGUUGAUAGACAGCAACCUCAUCUUACCAAGGUCGAAGGUUUACUAUAAGGAAAAAGGCAGGUAUCGUGCAGUCCGUACAUUGGGUGAAGGUAAAAUAACUCGUGAUGGAAUUAAGUGUAAUUGUUGCAUGAAGAUAUUCAGUUUUGUUGGCUUUGAAAAUCAUGUUGGUGGCAGUAGUACCUGCAGACCCUCUGCUAGUAUCUUUUUGGAAGAUGGUAGAUCACUCUUGGAUUGCCAGAUAGAAAUGAUGCAAGAUCAUAACACAAGGGAAACUAGCGGAAAGUCCCUCAGUGAAUUGUCUAUAGCUGAGAAUGACUACAUUUGUUCUGUUUGCCACUAUGGCGGUGAACUUAUUUUAUGUGAUAAAUGUCCAUCUUCUUUUCAUAAGACGUGUCUCGGUUUGGAGGAAAUACCUGAUGGUGACUGGUUUUGUCCAUCUUGUCGCUGCGGGAUUUGUGGCCAAAGUAAAAUUGAUGGAGAUGAGGUUGGACAUUCCCUAACUUGCAUUCAGUGUGAACAUAGAUAUCAUGUUUGGUGCCUGAAAGAUGGAGCUGUAGAUAUAUCGGGAUAUCGCGGAAACUGUUUCUGUGGAAAAGACUGUGAAAAGAUAUAUGAGGGCCUUCAUAAAUUAUUAGGAAAACCAAUUUCAGUGGGUGCGGACAAGCUAACUUGGACCUUGGUGAAGUUCAUCGACCCUGAUCAUUGUGACAUUGGUAGCAUUAAAAGUGACUUAUUGGCAGAAAGUUACAGCAAACUCAAUCUGGCUCUUUCGGUGAUGCACGAGUGUUUUAAGCCCCUAAAGGAAUCUUUGACUAGCAGAGAUCUCGUGGAAGAUGUUAUAUUCAGCAAAUGGUCAGAGCUAAACCGAUUAAAUUUCCAGGGUUUCUAUACUGUGCUACUUGAGAGAAAUGAAGAACUGAUCAGUGUUGCAACUGUUAGGGUCUAUGGGAAGAAGGUAGCAGAAGUACCUCUUGUUGGUACCAGAUUACAAUAUCGUCGACAUGGAAUGUGCCAUAUCUUAAUAAAUGAGCUUGAAAAGAAGCUCACACAAUUAGGUGUGGAGAGGCUUGUUUUGCCUGCUGUUCCUAGUGUGCUAGAAACAUGGACGGGCUCUUUUGGCUUCGCAAAGAUGACUAAUUUUGAGAGAUCUCAAUUUCUGGACUAUACUUUCCUAGAUUUUCAGGGUACCAUCAUGUGCCAGAAGCUGUUGACAAAUAUUCCACCUCGAGAUUUAGUUUUGUUAAUAGAAUCACAACCAAAAUGUGAUGUAUACCAAGUAGAAGAGAUUGAUGAAGGAAGGAUAGUGGAUCAACAAAUAGAAUCCUGUGCAUGCGACAAUGGCCAUGCUAUUGGUGCUAUUGACCCGAUCACUGUGGUGGAGCAACCGAGUUCUGGGAAUCAAGAGUGCCAGAAUGAAACAAGCAGAUCACAGGGCUCUGUUGAUAAACAAGUUGACCCGUACAAGUUCUUCUAUACACGAAGGAAAAGGAAGAAGACAUGUGAAGAGGAAUCAAGAUGA